AUGGAUGGGAUACACGAGGACAGCUUGGAGGUAUUUUGGUCACACUUUUGUAUGGUGGCGACGCGACAGACGACGUCGUUGCUACCACGCUCUGUUGACAAGGACGCGCGUGCGCGCGCCUCGGCAGCAAGGGCGCCCCGCGGGACCGAACACAGACACGGACUCAUACCUUACUUUGCCCAUUUCAAAUGUGCCUAAUCACUCAUUCUGACGCCUUGUAUCCGUUUCAUCCACAUCUCGACAAAAUUUCACCGUGUUCAACGCGUCUGAAAUCGAUCAAUAGCAAAUGAUCAAGGAGGCCAUCCUUGCCCACCCCGAGGAGGCGCGCUCUGGAAUUGGCCGCCCUACUAUCAAAAAGUACAUUCACCAGAAACACCCUCAGACCGUUUCCAUGCCCGCCGCCUCAUUCAACAACCUCAUCUCUAAGGCUAUCACCAAGGGUGAAGAGAAGAAAAUCUUCGUCCUACCCAAGGGUCCGUCUGGCAAGGUGAAGCUCGCACCCAAGGUCAAGGAGGUAGUCAAAAAGCCUGUGGUCAAAAAGCCAGUAGUUAAAAAGCCAGCUGUUAAGAAGGCCACACCAGCCAAGAAGCCCGCUACCGCCAAGAAGGUCUCGUCCGCGACCAAGCCAAAGAAGACGACAACAUCCAAGAAGCCGGCGGCAAAGGUGAGCAGCUAAUUACAGGCUAUCCGCACACCUCUUAUGGCCACCCAGCAGACUGUCACCAAGAAGGCUGCUGCCAAGAAGUAAACGCGAUUUCCGCCAUUUCGCUUCUCCAC